CUAAAUGUUUGUUAUAUUAUUUCCUUUCUUGUUUGUCUGAAAUACAAAUUUAAAAGGAAAACAUGCACGUGGAAAAUAAAUUUCAGAGGAUAAAAUGUACAUAACAAAAUGGAAGUCUUCUCCCAUCCCAGACUCUAGAGCCCCUCACUAGAAGCAGCCACUGUGAUCAGUUUUGUAUCUUAUAUAUUUUCUAUAGUAUGUACAAGCAUACAUGUGAGUUUGUUUUUUGCACAAGUGGAUCCUAUUAUAUAAGCCCUGCACCUUGGAUGGUUCCUUUUUUUAACCUCGUUAAACUUUCAAAAAAUUUUUUCCCUUCACCUCCUUUAGCCUUGUGAUCACUAUGAUUUCUCUGGCAAAAUAUUUCCACGAUUGCUUCUCACAUGAUGAGAUGUAGGUCAUGGCUUGCCAGGCUGUGUGUUGCCUCUUUCUUUUUACACAUCCUCACCUGUAGGGUCCAAAAAACAUCUUCCCCAAGUUAACCCCUCAAAGGAUGCAGAAGAAGAAUCAUGGCAAGUAGAGGAUUGCCAGGAACUGCUUUACCCUUUCCCAAACAUUUUUACUCAUACUUUGCAGGUAAAAUUUCACAUAGAGCCCACUAUUGCUUGAAAUUAAUUUAUUGUAGUGGGACAUUGGCUAAGAGAGAGAAGUGGGGAUUCAUUUUCUCAGGUUGCAGGAGAAUGCCCAGCUUCUUUCUAGUGAAGUAACAAGGGGAGAGAAGCUUGUUUGAUUCCAGUUAGGGGAGAGCAAGUGUCACAUUUAAUCUUUAUUUUACCUCUUCUCAAAGCCCAAAAUAUUCUUUCCUUUUUUAAAAUUCUCCCAAUCACACAACACUUACAUGGGAUAGCUGGGAUUCUAACCCAGGCACAGCUAACUCCAAAGUCAUGCCAGAUGGGGAGGGCCUCCCUGGAUGAACUCAUUUGCUCAUUAAGCUGCUCUGUAUGGCUCUUUUCAUCCGCCUCCUACCAACCUCUCCAUCCCUUGCUCUAGUCAGUCCCCACAGGAACUGUGUGUCUGUUCAGCUCCACAAACCUGCUUGUCCUUUCUUGUCUCUGAUCGUCUACCUGGAACACAUUUCCCUAGCACCUUGAGUAUUUUUUCAAGGUGAAACUCCUGUAAGUGGUGUUGCCACACAGUCUGUGGGACAAAUUAACCAAACGGUGUUUGAGAGGGCUGAUUCCCAACACCUGGACAUUUGAAAUCACCAACCUGAAAAGUGAGAAAAAAGAUCUGCUUGUUUCAGUACGGAGUUGUGUGACUAUCUGUAAUGGUUUUCUGUUUUGAUACACGUUUUCAAUCUGUUCGAGUUUUUUCUAUGCCUCUAUGCUGGGCGGGUUUUGCUCGCCCAGUUGACAGGAGCUUAGGCACUUUAAGAUAACUACAUGCUUCAGUCUGCGGUUCUGGACGUGGGAUAAGAAAGCGUGAGCUAAGCAGGCUUGAGAGUGGUCUGAAAGCGACCGAAGCAACAGCCCGAAAGGGUCCAGGGGCUGCCGGGCUGGCGCGGGCUCCGACGUCAUUGCGAUGCGCCGCUUCCGGUCCCCAGCGCCGGGCUGGAGCGAAUGACUUCCCUCUUAGUGGGGCCGGAGCCGGGCUAGCCGCGACCCCCGGGAACCCACGAUCGCGCUGCGCUGCGGCUAGUCCGCCAUCACUAGCGUCCCACGCGCGCCUGGAACCAUGGCCACCGACUCGUGGGCCCUGGCAGUAGACGAGCAGGAAGCGGCGGCCGAGUCGUUGAGCAACUUGCAUCUUAAGGAAGAGAAAAUCAAACCGGAUGCCAAUGGUGCUGUUGUCAAGACCAGUGCUAAUGCAGAGAAGACAGAUGAAGAAGAGAAAGAGGACAGAGCUGCCCAGUCCUUACUUAACAAGCUGAUCAGAAACAACCUUGUCGAUAACACAAACCAAGUGGAAGUCCUACAACGGGAUCCAAACUCCCCCCUCUACUCAGUGAAAUCUUUUGAGGAGCUUCGGCUGAAACCACAGCUUCUCCAGGGAGUCUAUGCCAUGGGCUUCAACCGUCCAUCCAAGAUACAAGAGAACGCACUGCCUUUGAUGCUUGCUGAGCCCCCACAGAACUUAAUUGCCCAGUCUCAAUCCGGUACUGGUAAAACAGCUGCCUUUGUGUUGGCCAUGCUCAGCCAAGUAGAACCUGCAAAUAGAUACCCCCAGUGUCUGUGCCUUUCCCCAACUUACGAGCUUGCCCUUCAAACGGGAAAAGUGAUUGAGCAGAUGGGCAAAUUUUACCCUGAACUGAAGCUAGCUUAUGCUGUUCGAGGCAAUAAAUUGGAAAGAGGUCAGAAGAUCAAUGAGCACAUUGUCAUUGGCACCCCUGGGACUGUUCUGGACUGGUGCUCCAAGCUCAAGUUCAUUGACCCCAAGAAGAUCAAAGUGUUUGUUCUGGAUGAGGCUGACGUGAUGAUAGCUACUCAGGGCCACCAAGAUCAGAGCAUCCGCAUCCAAAGGAUGCUGCCCAGGAACUGCCAGAUGCUGCUUUUCUCUGCCACCUUUGAAGACUCUGUAUGGAAAUUUGCCCAGAAAGUGGUCCCUGAUCCAAACAUUAUCAAACUGAAGCGUGAAGAAGAGACACUGGACACCAUCAAGCAGUAUUAUGUCCUUUGCAAUAACAGAGACGAGAAGUUUCAGGCCUUGUGUAACCUCUACGGGGCCAUCACCAUUGCUCAAGCCAUGAUCUUCUGCCAUACCCGCAAAACAGCUAGUUGGCUGGCAGCAGAGCUCUCAAAAGAAGGCCACCAGGUGGCCCUGCUGAGUGGUGAAAUGAUGGUGGAGCAGAGGGCUGCGGUGAUUGAGCGCUUCCGAGAGGGCAAAGAGAAGGUUCUGGUGACCACCAACGUGUGUGCCCGCGGUAUCGAUGUUGAACAGGUGUCUGUCGUCAUCAACUUUGACCUUCCCGUGGACAAGGAUGGGAACCCGGACAACGAGACCUACCUGCACCGGAUCGGGCGCACUGGCCGCUUUGGCAAGAGGGGCCUGGCAGUGAACAUGGUCGACAGCAAGCACAGCAUGAACAUCCUGAACAGAAUCCAGGAGCAUUUUAAUAAGAAAAUAGAAAGGUUGGACACGGAUGAUUUGGAUGAGAUUGAGAAAAUAGCCAACUGAGAAGCUCCACCAGUCACUGGUGCUGGCCCUGGGCGCUCCCCUUGCACGGGAGACUAGUGCUUUCCUGACACAGGCCUCGACAGUCACCACAAAGACGAAGGCGCGAGUAGAGAGAAACUACCUACCUCGUUUUAAAUUACGUUUGGACUUGACAAAAAUUGUGCAAAUGAUGGGGGAAGGUAGAAAAAAAAUGUUUACACAACUUCUUAAGAUUAGGUGUGAAUACACAGAAAUUUACCUUUUGGAAAUUCCGUCUGUUUUUUUUUUUGGCCAGCCUUUUCUGUUAUGCUAAUUUACAUGCUGUGGCUAAAUCACUUGCUCAGGAUCCUUUGUGUCAGCCCCUGCCUGUUCUCUGGCUAGGAGUGUUUGGGCCAGCCUCCAGCCCUUGUGAAAGUGACAGAACAGAGGUAAAGAGGGAACACAGAGAAAGAGACCGCAAGUAGGAUAGGUAUGUAAGCCAGCCAUUAUGUUUGGAGUAUGGCGUGAGGCAGCAGAGGAGGCCUGUGAGCUACCUGUUUGGAUUUGGGGUGGGACCACUCAUCUGAGUGUUGUCAGCCCCUCUCUGUCCUGAUCCCACAGCAGGAAGGGAGUUGCUAAGCAUGGACCAAAAUGCCAACUGGGACCUUUGGUGUAUGCAGGUUUGUGUUGCAGGACGAUGACCUGUUCUCAAUAGGUGCAAUCAGUGUAUAGUGCAUAUCUGAUUACUGGUGGAUCCCUUGCUUAUGCUUGGGCAAGUCCUGUGGAGAAGUCAUCGUGGAGAAUUAGUGGUGGCCCUAGCUUGCCACAAAACCUGAUCUCAUAGGCACUUGCAGCAUCUUUUUUUACAUCCCUAACCUCACCUUGACCCCUUAGUAGGCCCAAGCAAAUAAAAGGUGAUCUGAAGUCUGGAUCCUCAGUGAGAAUUGUGGUUUCAAGUCUCUAAUACUCAGCCCCAAGGCAGCUCCAGAAGUGAUCAGCAAUAGUCACAAAUCCUUGCUUUGUCUCCAGAUCCCAGAAGGCAAGUUUUGUCAGAGCUGGGAAAUGAUUUCACAUAUUUGGCGUCUUGAUUGUAAAAAGGAUUCCGAACAUCUGCAUUUUCAGUGCUCGGAAUACAAACAGGUGCAACUAAGGGACCAGAUGGACUAUAGCCAUUCAUCUGUCGAAGGCAAGAGUGAUUGCCAAGACCUUUGCUCCAUCCUUAACUUGGCAUCUGUGUGUAGAAUAGUAAGAGCAAAUGAUAUUAAUGGACACUUCCUCAUACCUGGCCAAAGUUGUUGGUACCCACAGAGUGACAGAGCAAAAAUGAGAUGAAACUGAGUUGCAAGAGCAAUAUGAAACGCCAGCCAAAAGGAGUCCUCUUCAGCUCUUUGACCUUGAUACAGAGUGGCCACUUUAUCUAGGACCAGGCCUGGAAGAGGGAUUUUCUGUGAUGAGAACUCUUCCAAUCCCAGACCUUCCUUAUAGGUGUUGCUGUGUUUUAGAGCCAGAUCUAUCUCUUGGGAAAGGAAGGGGCCAAUGCCAGCCUCCAGGUGGUUUCCUUUCUCUGACAUUACAGAUACUGCAAAGAGACCAAGAGACUGCCAAUCCUGCCACACUCCCCCGUGGGCACUUGAUUGUGUAGUCUUCUCUAUGCUUCUGACCCACCUUGGGAGUCUUAUAAUAAAAGAAAUUUAAUGCCUCCCCUCGCCCAAAGUCCUGUGGACCCAGCCUGAAAACAAAGGCAAUAAUUAAAGAAGUAUAGACUACUCACAAGGCUGCUGACUGACUACACCCCACCUUCUCACAAUAUAUAUAACCUAUCUACUGAGUAGCCCUAAAUCUGAGCAGGAAAAUGGGAAGGGAUGUGUUUCAGACUCUAUAAUAGUAGGAGUAAAUGGGUAUCUGGUAGAAAUCUAGAUCAACAGUUCUCAUCUGGGGUCUUGGACCCCCAGAAUUCACUGGAUGGGUUUCAUGGAGUUUAUGAAGUAUAUGCAGUAUUUUGAGUUUAAAUGCAUAUUCCUGGGUAGAGACUCCCAAAGGAGUAUGUGUCUUUUAAAAAGGUAAGACUCACUGUUAUGGAUGGCUCUGGAGUGUCACCCCUGUGUCAUUGCAGUGUAUACUCCUUCACAGUCCGUAUUCAUUCCUGCCACUGCUUGGUUCCCAGGGUUCAAUGAUCCACAGCUGCCUCUGUGAUCUUGUGCUAUCUUGAGACAUCAGUAAUGUAAAAAUGUAUUGAGCCCUUGGUGAGCUUCAGUCCUGAGUUUCUUUUACUGUUUUUAAAAGUUCCUAUGUAUGGAAUGAUAAAGUGUGCCCUAGAACAGAGAAACUCACUUGAGAAAAAGAGAUUUUGGUCCAAUGGAGGAUUCUAGAUAUGUUCAUUAUCCAUAAACAAUGGAUUUUAUUGUUUUUUUUUCUGUCGUUCAUUGGCUUUAUGCAUAAGAACUAAUCAAUUGUUGAUGUACUCUUUAUUGAUGUUAAUUGAAUUUAUGAAGUGUACAUGUUACUAAGACAUCAUUAAGGAGUAUAAGAAGAAAACAGCAGCAUGUUUUUGGUUGCUGGUAUUAGUAAUCAUACAUAAGUGAAGAUUCACAUGUUAUUCCACAGGCUAGUCAUCACCUGAUACGACUAUUCCAUUUCAGAGUUGACAUUGCUCCAACAUGAGCUGUUGGGAUGUCUCCAUAGGCCAAGGGCCCUACUCAAUUGCGAGAGGGCUCCUGACAUUCCUUUUUUUCCUGCUGGUAAAGCAGAGGACGCUGGCUUACUAAUCAGAAAGAGGGUAGAUGCCAACAAUUACAAAGUCUUUACAUUUAUUUUUCUAGUCCUGAGAAAGGAAUAAAAAUAGGGCUUGGAAAUAAAUCUUCUCCCUUUGUUGUUUCA